AUGAAACGAAGAGAGAUCCCUUAUUAUGACAAGCUGUUCAAGGUGAGACCAUUUGUUGACAAAAUGAAACAAGGUUUUUCAAUUAUUGAACCUGAGGAAUAUCAUUCAGUUUAUGAAUUAAUCAUUUCUUUCAAAGGUCAUUCAUCCCUGAAACAGUAUGUAAAAACCAAACCACACAAGUGGGGUAUAAAAGUUUUUGCCCGUGCUGGUUCUAGUGGAAUCGAGUACGAUUUUGAAAUAUAUCAAGGGAAAGGAACUGUACAUAAGGAUACUGGUCUUGGUAUAAGUGGUGAUAUUGUGAUAAGGUUUGUGGAAGGUCUGCCAAAAUAUAAAAAUUUUAAAGUGUUUACAGACAACUGGUUCACCUCUUACAAUCUUAUUUCUGCCCUGAAAAACUAUGGCAUUUUGGCUGUUGGAACUGUUAGACCCACAAGACUUCAAGGCUGCAAUAUAAAAGCAGACGGUGAGCUGAAAAAGCAGGGACGAGGAUCAUACGAUUAUCGAACUGAAACAGAAAGGAACAUCAUAGCGCUGAAGUGGUAUGAUAACAAGUCUGUCGUUCUUGUAUCAUCAUACGAAGGAAAAUAUCGCAAGUGGAAGUCCCUGAGGUUUAUUGAAAUAUUGCUCCGGGCUGAGGUGUGGGGCGGCGGCGGCGGCGGCGGCUGCGACCAGCUCUUGGGGGAAAUACCUUAA